UUCCCCAGGACAGUGGGAUUUUUGGCUGAUCUUUUCAGAAGCCUGGCGACACAAAGGAGAAGGAUUGUACCGUACUAGACCAGAGAAGGAUAGACAUCAAAGAUGGAACCUGCCCAUCACCCCAGGAAAUGUUGCCAUCAGCCAGUCCCUUCCCAGCAUUGCUGAACACACAGAAGGAUGGGUGAAACCAUCAUUUGGAAAUUGGUCGAGUCAGAGGAGCUUUGACACAUCAUCAAAUCUGAAACUAGUCAGUGCUGUGGGCCUUCCAUCAGAACCAAUCUCUCUGAAGGUUGGGCUGUGGGUGAUGGGUCAGGGUGAGUGGCUCCAAGUGUGGUGAGAGUUUCAAUCAUUCACCGAGGCUUGUGAACCAUUGACUCAUUCCUGCGGGGGGGAGGCUGCUUACACUGCAUCUGUUGUAGAUCUGUUAACAUAAGGGUAGCUUCAUGGAAGAGAAUCCCUUCAAGUGUGAAGUCUGCAACCGAACCUUUGCACAGCCAUCAACGCUUGUGAAUCACCGCCGCAUUCACACUGGGGAGAAGCCGUUUAAGUGUGAGCUGUGCAACCGAGCCUUUGCACAGUCAUCGACACUUGUAAAUCACCGGCGUAUUCACACGGGAGAGAAACCAUUCAAAUGUGAGGUGUGCAACCAAACAUUUGCAAAGUCAUCCACACUAGUGAAUCACCGCCGCAUCCAUACUGGUGAGAGGCCAUUUUCAUGUGCUUUCUGUAACAAAACAUUCUCGCAGCCAUCAAACCUCCGUGUACACCAACACAUUCAUACACAAGAGAAACCAUUCACAUGCGAUGUAUGUGAUAAAUCAUUUUCAAUGUUAGCGAAUCUCCGUGUGCACCAACGCAUUCACACCGGGGAGAAACCGUUCACAUGUAAAAUAUGCAUCAAAUCAUUUUUGAAUUCGGUACAUCUCCGGGUACACCAACGUACACACACAGGGGAGAAACCAUUCACGUGCAAGGUAUGUGAGAAAUCAUUCUCACAAUCAUCAAGCCUUCGUGUACAUCAACGUAUUCACACGGGAGAGAAACCAUUUACAUGUGAGGUGUGUGACAAAUCAUUCUCCCAGUCAUCACACUUCCUCGUGCACCAGCGCAUUCACACAGGGGAGAAGCCAUUCACAUGUCAGAUAUGCAGCAAAUCAUUCUGUGACUCAUCAAAACUCCUGCUCCAUCAGAGGAUUCACACGGGGGAGAAACCAUUCACAUGUGAGGUGUGUGAGAAAUCAUUCUCAUCAUCAUCCACACUGCGUGUACACCAACGCAUUCACACAGGGGAAAAACCGUUCACAUGUGAUGUAUGCAACAAAUCGUUCUCAGAUUCAUCAACUCUCCGCAAACACCAACGCACUCACACAGGGGAGAAACCCUUCAAAUGCGAAGUUUGCAACAAAUCAUUCUCGAGGUCAUCAAAGCUCCUGCUUCAUCAGAGAAUCCAUACAGGGGAGAAACCCUUCACAUGUGAGGUGUGUGAGAAAUCUUUUUCAGAGUCAUCGAAACUCCUGCUGCAUCAGAGGAUUCACACAGGGGAGAAACCAUUCAGGUGUGAGGCUUGUGACAAAUCGUUCUCCCAGUCAUCGAUCCUCCGUGUUCACCAACGUAUCCACACAGGGGAGAGACCAUUUGUAUGUGAGAUAUGUGACAAAUCUUUCUCACAGUCCUCAGCCCUGUACACACAUCAGUGCAUCCACACGGGGGAGAAACCAUUCGCGUGCGAGGUGUGUGACAAAUCAUUCUCACGGUCAUCGAACCUCCUGCUCCAUCAGAGGAUCCACACAGGGAAGUAACUCUUUAACUGUGAACCUUUUGUCAUGUCUUUGACUGUCUGGGUCACCACAGGAUUCAGAUACAGGAAGAACACUCUUCAGUUGCAACAUUUCUGACAAGGCUUUCACACAGUCAGUGGAUGUUUCAGCCAAUCAAUACACUCAAAGAGGGAUGUGAGUUCUGUAUUACAUACUUGACACAGUUGUUGGACCUCCUAAUACAUCAGUGAACUCAUAUGAGGACUGCUGACAAAGUUCUUCACAGAGUGUCCUCAUAAGUGUUUCCCUGUACCCAGUCUCACUGUGCAGGAUGUUCAGUGGGACUGAGACACAGAACAAGAAGCAGCUUUCACUCCCAUCAAACAACUAGUGAUGACAUCACCAGUGCUGAGGGAUGAUGAUGUAACAAUGGAGUCACCCUGCAGUGUGAUGUCAGUGAAACAGGACUUGGAGUAACCCCCAGGCAGUGAGGACAGCCCGCUGUGUUUGUAUCCAGAGGGUUUACACAAACUGAACAACACUGUACACAGACAUUGAGAAACAGAGAUUGGAUAUGUUUUUGCUUCUGAAGGAAGUUGACAAUUGCUGAAAAAGAAUGCUUGUUUUAAAGCUACCCAUCUUGAACCCAUCACGAUAAUUUGCAAGAUAUUCAAAACAGAAAAAAACAUUUAUACUGUAUGAUAGAAGAGUAGUGAUUGGCAGAGAAUUGUCAUGAAGAAUACACCGGCUAAUGACUGACAGUUAAUUGCAGAGCUUUGUUUAUAUUUUAAAUCAGGCAGACGAAUUCUGGUGGGUCAAGGCAUUGUCCUGAGAAAAUUAGGUGUGGCUAACAGCAGCUCUUGGAUAACAUGCAGACACCAGAUGAAUAACCAACAACUUGCACAUCUACCAGAAGAAGAGUUGAACACUUCAGAGAUUAAACACACAAUGUGUGUGUAGGGACAGAAAUAAUUGUAACAGACAAGAGAGAACAAGUAGUGUUUUUUGCAAUAUUUUGGCUUGCUAUACUAUUGUGACCUCUGAUGUCAUUAUAUUUAAAUACAGGUCUCAGGGCAGUAGCCAUUUUACACACCAUAUGGAAAGCUCCAAUUACUUCUGAAAAGCAGAUCAAGGUUUAAACUUGGUUUUGUCCCAUCUGAAUAAAAUCUCACUUAUUGCA